AUGCAUUUAGAAAAUAAUACUUACUUUUCUCAUAGAUUUAUACUUCUUCUUUCUCAAAAUCAAAGAAACUUUUAUAUAAAAAAUUCUGGUUUUUUAAAUAAUAUAUCUGUUAUCAAAGAUAUUAUUAAGAUUCUGACUAAAGAUAUUCUUCAACAUAUGAUUGAAAAAAUAAACCAAGACUAUAACAUUGAUGAUUUGCAACAUGACAAAGCACAACUAUUUGAGCCAAAGUCUCUUUUUGAUAAACCUGAAAAAGAAAUUAAAUAUAAAGAAGAAGUACCUAUGUUGACAGAAAGGUUUGUACAAUUUUACAACAAGACAGUCACUAGCAAUAAUGUUAAUUAUCACAAACUAUAUCAAAUCCACUUUCUUAUGAAUGCAUGUCAUAUACUUUUAUUCUUCUUUCAUAUACAUCCAUUCUAUGAUGAUAAUAGACAUAUUGGAUGUUCACUCAUGACACUUUAUCUUGCUCAUGAUAGUUUUUUACUUCUUGUUUUUCAACAACUUGAUCAGAAAGAAUAUGCAGACACAUUGUAUAAGGCUUAG